AUGGGAGACACAGGAAAGAAUAGCAACAAGGCGGUUAGAAAGAACGCCUCCAAUGCAUGCAAGGGUUGCCGGGAGAGCAAAACCAAGUGCGAUAACCAACAGCCAUGCAGCGGUUGCACAAAGAAGGGCAAAGAAUGUGUCUACGACUCUCGAGACGACAAAAGACGAGUCCAGCUCCGCACUGCAGUCCAUAUUCUUCAGCGACGUGUGCAGCAGCUCAGCAAAGUCAUCGUCGAGGCUGGCAAAGAGGUUCCGCCGCUGAAUCACGAUGACGAGGAAUUCCUGGAACGUGUUCUGGGCACUCUCGGCCUCUCUGAUGUUCCACCGUACGAGUCCUCAGCCGUCAACAUUAGCAAAACACCCAGCCAUCUAGCCACGAAACAACAGACUUUCACACCCGAAACGUCACAUUCACCAUCAGUAGGGCCUCCCAUUCUGGCCGAAGUUGCUACCUCGUCUCCAAGCGUCGUUCCGGACGCUACCUCUGCAGAUGUUCAACUCCAGAGGCCAGGUUUCAACGACGUUGCCAGGAUAAUGGCUAGUAUGCAUGACACGGCAACGACACACCUUCCGAGCACCAAUACGAGUAACAACAUGAUUCCGGGCUCGGAUCACAUAUCGCCAGAUUGGCCAUUCCCAACCUUGGAUAAUAUGCUCAACUUUGAUCUCUUCGACCCUGGCGAUCUUUCCUUGCAUUUCUUGACCGAGCCACCAUCAGAUAUACCACCAACACUCCAACCCGAGCCUGCCCCUACCCUUCAGAUUGAACAGAUACCACGUCGACAAGAAGAUAGCAUCUCUAAUUUGGGAGAUGAAGAGAACACCGAGUUGGUUGACCAACUCUCUGCUCGUCUAGGAUCUCUCCGCUUGGCCCCUGAUGGCAAAUUAAGGUACUUUGGCACCGCAUCAAAUCUCCAUCUGAUGGACAAUCAGAGCAAGUCGAGUGAAAAUUUCAUGCUCCGCACGCCGUCUCGAGUCAACGUCCAAAGUCUUCUCGAAGUCGCCGAUCUGAGUCAAGUGGUAGAUACGCAGCUUGAGGGCCACCUUCUACGACUAUUUUUCACAUGGCACAAUCCCAGCAGUUAUAUCGUGGACGAAGAGGUUUUCUAUAUGGCUAGGCAGAGCUGGUUUAAUACUGGUGUGCAGAACAGUUACUAUAAUGAUGUGCUAAAGGACGCGAUGUGUGCGAUCGGUGCUUCUUUUGGAAGCCAUUCCAAUUUGUCGCUCAUAACUUAUCCCAGGUCUAUGCCCCAAUUCUUCUCGGACCGAGCGAAAAUACUGCUGGAUUCUCAUUUGGAUAGUCCGUGUGUGGCGACUGCCCAGGCACUCACGAUAUUAGCCAGCUACGAAGAGUCAUGCCAAAACAUCGCCCGAGGCUGGCUGUUUGGAGGAAUGGCGAUGAGGGUAGCUUUUGACCUCGGUCUGCACAUUGAUAGUACAGGAUACGUGGCUCAAGGUAUAUUGACAGUGGCCGAAGCUCGUGCAAGACAAGUGGCUUUCUGGGGCUGCUAUCUCUCGAAUCUACUUUGGAGCUUCCACCUCGGUCGUCCUUUCUCACUAGACGACAGCGAGGUGACUGUUCCAAAGCCCGAUCCCAACAUUCCGGCAGCAAAUCCCAUCUGGCAGCCCUACUCUGUUCCUUCGCUUCAGUUGACCUCUGGCGCCAUGCAACACACCUCUCUACCAGAUAUCACGCCCCAGAUCUUCCAUCACUGGCUCUUCCUUUGCCAAAAUAUUGCCGUCGUGGGACAUGCACUUUACUCCCACAGGUCAAUAUCGAAACCGGCACUCCAAGAACUCUGUGAGGAAUGCACAGACGAUUUGUUCCACUGGAAGGAAUCUUUGCCUCCACAUCUCCAAAUCGAUACUUCGGAUACCGAAACAAUCAGACUACCACAGUUACUCAUGCUGCACAUGGAGUACCAUCAUCUGCAGAUAUUCUUGCACAGACCAUGGACAAGUGGACAACUACAGCCUUCGCCCUCACAAGGAGCUGGUGUGCACCAUGCCCGUCAUAUCUGCGCCACAUCUGCAACAGAAAUCACACGUUUACUUCGCAUCUACGAGACACAGUAUUCGUUCCGCUUCAUCAAUGUCGAAAUCAUACGUAUACUCUCUUCUGCAGCGCUGAUUUUGAUCUUUGCAACCGUACCGUUACCGCACAGAGAAAUCGAUGUCGAGAUGACUGGAUAUUUGAAUACUUGUUUCAGAGCUCUAGAAGACUUGGGUGGAAGGUACGACUCGGCCAAGGAGACGCGAUCUACGCUACUGGCUAUACAGAGAAGAUGGAAUGAUCUGUAUGGUAGAAAUACAGGACAGAAGAGGGGUCCUACCAUGCGAGGCUCAACGGGACAGGGCAAGAAGGUCAGAGCUGCUCCGUUGUAG